AUGAUCUCAACGGCAGUGGAUCCGUUUACCAUUUCGAUUACUCGCAACAACAUUGGGCCCCUGACAACAAUCUUCACACCCCAACCUGACUGUGGCAUUUGCUUCGUUGGGCCAACUGCGCAAGUACACAAUCUGUGUGAUGCUUUCUCGACCGACUGCCAAGGAUCCCCAAGGAGUUGUCUGCCCAGGUCUUCUCAAUGGAGCAAUUGGGCUUUCUACUCACCAGGGUUACUGUGUCCGGAGGGGUGGACGACGGCAACCGUGGUGAGCUCGGACAUGACUGAUAGUGUCAGAGCUCUCGACAUCAUUAGCCUCUUAACGUCAGAUGAGACUGCCGCAUUCUGCUGUCCGACUGGCUUCACAUUCAGCUAUCCGAUUAUCGUACCGUCUUUUGCUACGGCGCCGCCAAGGUGCAUGUCGGGAAUGUUCGAAGGGGGUUUCGUAUACCGAACAUGCCUUCUCUCUGCAGUGCCCACGCCAAAGCCUACCACCGCCGCGGUAGGAACAGGCAAACACCUUUCCGACAACGAUACACUUUACCAGUCACGAGACAUUCGCCGACGAUGGAACAAUCUACACGUCAUCAGCCAAAAAAAAAAACAGUGA